AUGCUAGGCCUCGAGGAUGUCUCCAGUCCACUCCCACUUGAAGGGGUUGCCGAAGAGGAAGAAGUUUUCGCGCCUGCUCCCCCACGACGGCCGUCAGCGGGGAAUCGCGCGCGGCGAGAAAGUAAACCUGACGAGAAGGUCCUCCCGGCGGAAGCCACGAUAGUGCCGUCGCCUCAACGACCAGUAGACAAGGGUCGCUCGUACUCUUUCGAUGAUGACAGCGGGUGGACUUCGACAUCCUCAUCUGCAGGCAGCGAUGACUUCGAGAGUGCGAGCGCGACGGACACCGAUGACGAGGAACCACUCGCCGUGCCACUCGAACCUUAUGGCCACAAGGUAGGAGGACAUAGCAGCAUCUACCAGUUCACUCGCGCCGCAAUCUGCAAGCCUCUUGUCGGUCGUGAGAACGUGUUCUACGAGGACAUGGAGAGACUCGCGCCGGGGCUGCUCCCCUUCGUUCCUCGCUACCUCGGCGUCAUGCUCGAGCUCUUCAUCUUCAUGGAGGACCUCACGGGCAAGCUCAAGAAGCCGUGUGUUCUUGACCUCAAGAUGGGAACACGGCAGUAUGGUUUUGAUGCAACGCCGCUCAAGAAGACCAGCCAGCGGAAGAAGUGCGACCAGACGACCAGCCGAACCCUCGGAGUUCGGAUGUGUGGCAUGCAGGUGUGGUCAAAUGCCACGCAGUCAUUCGUGUCCAAGAACAAAUACCGCGGAAGGCAGCUCAAAACGGAGGAGUUUCCGCGCGUGCUUUCGCUCUACUUGAACGAUGGCAACAAUCUCCUCGUUCAGCACAUUCCACCGCUCAUGCAGAAGCUGUACAGCCUCGCCUCAAUCUUGGUAACGCUCAACGGCUUCCGCUUCUACGGCUGCUCCCUCCUGCUUAUCUACGACGGCGAC